AUGAUCAACCCCACAGAAUCAGCCGAACGGAAACCCUCGUCCUCAGAGCAUCAACCACAGGAGAAGAACAGCCUUCAAAACAGCCUGGGUGCCCAGGAGAGAACAAGCCAGAAUGAGAGCAACAUGGCUCAAUCUGAGAAAAGUACCGAUGAAGAAGAUAAAAUGAAGAUGAGUCAUGGUGGUAAUGAUCAAGAGAAGAUAGGGCAAAAUAAGAACAACGUGACUCAAGCCGAGGGUGAUGCUGAGACAGAAGGAAGUGGAGGAGACAAUAUGAAGGGUCAGGCUGACCUUGAGAAUGAUGGCGGGCAGAAUGAGAGCAACGUGACUCAAUCUGAGAAAAGUACUGAUGAUGGAGAUACAAUGAAGAUGAGUCAGGGUGGUGAUGAUCAAGCUAAAAUAGGGCAAAAUAAGAACAACGUGACUCAAGCUGAGGGUGAUGCUGAGACAGAGGGAAGUGGAGCAGACAAUAUGAAGGGCCAGGCUGACCUAGAGAAUGAAGGCCGGCAGAAUGAACAAAACGUGACUCAAACUGAUCAUCAGGGUGAAGAGAGUGGUGCAACCGGUGGAGGUUCUUCCAGUUCAAUUCUUGGCACAAAAAGAGGAAGAGACCGUGAUCCUAUUGAUGUUGGGUCGAGCAGUGGAUCGAAAGCAAGUAAGAAAGGGAAACUGGAUGUUCCCAGUUGUGCCCCCACAUGUUACGUAUGUAAAAAAACUUUCGCGUCCUGGAAGGCAGUGUUUGGACAUCUCAGGGCCCAUCAAAGGCAGACCCCCGGGGCGUUCCCCCCGCCAACAUUUACUCCUGAGGGGUCUCCAGAAAGGAAUAAUGGUGACAAAACCCUCAAGGAGCAACUGGCUCCCACGCUGUUGAACUUGGCUCGUGAAACCAUACAAAAGAUGAUUCAAGACUCAAAUACAACUGAUGCAGCGGAGGCUGCUUCUUCGCCGAGGAGGGGCUUGGAUAUUGAUCUGAAUGAGCCAAGAACCAAUGUUCUAUUAGAUCUAAAUUAUCCUCCACCACCAGAGAAGGAAGAUGGUGACAAAAGUUAAAUUAAUACAUGACUUUUCUGGGUUUUGCAGAAUA